ACCCUACAAAUCACCAUCGAUAAAUGCCAAUCAAUUUCAGAUUAACCGGGAAAAUGAAUAACAACCGUCGAUCUAUGAAACAUCACGUAUUCAUCAGUCUCUGAUGGCUAGUGACCACCCACCGGCCGCCGCUGAAACGCCGCUGCUCGAUUCAAAUCACGAUCAAGAACAACAGCCUCCGCCGGAGAGAGACAUCAACGGAGGAGGAGGCGUCGGCGGCGGCGAAGAAGACGACAUCGGUCAAACGCUGCAAUGGCUAGAGAUGUUUCUGACGCUCCUCGGGUUUAACCAGUCGUCGUCGACGAGAAGCCUGGUCUUGUCUCUGGUCGUGUUUUCGACGAUCGGUGUGGUGCUUCCGGUGACGGUGCUGGAGCUGGGACACUGCGAAGGGUGCGAGAGGUAUCAGAACAAGAGCUUCGAGCUCAACAUCGUGGUCUCGCAGGCGUGUCUGGCUGGUGUGUCGCUGCUCUGCGUUUCGCAUAACUUGAGGAAGUAUGGGAUUAGGGAGUUUUUGUUCGUCGAUCAACUCAGUGGUCGUAUGGGACGUCUCAAGUCUCAUUAUAUGCUCCAAAUCUCGAACUCUGUGAAACUACUUGGACUAUGGUCACUCAUAUGUUUUGUACUGAAAGCUGUUCGGGAGAUUAUCCGGAUGUUAUACGUACCUCAUGACCAGCCGUGGCUAUCUGUUGUAAUCCUCUUAUCGAUGAUCUUGUCAUGGACUUACCUAAGCACUAUAUUUCUUGCUGCGAGCUCCAUGUUUCAUCUGGUAUGCAACUUGCAAGUCAUUCACUUUGAAGAUUACGCAAAGCUCUUAGAUGAGGAGUCCGAGAUCUCCUUUUUCAUCGGCGAGCACACCAAUUUGCGCCGUUACCUAUCCAAAAUAAGCCACAGGUUCCGCAUCUUCCUGGUUCUCCAGUUUCUUGUUGUCACUGCUAGCCAGAUCACUACACUCGUCCAGACCACUGCGUACAGUGGGCGUAUCACUUACAUAAACGGUGGCGAUUUCGCUGUCUCGGCGGUGGUCCAAGUCGUUGGGAUAAUUUUAUGUCUGCACGCAGCAACGAAGAUAUCUCAUAGAGCACAAGCGAUAGCAUCUGUUGCAAGUAAAUGGCAUGCGAUAAUGUCUUGUUCAUCUACGGAUUCAACUCAGAUAAGGACUUCUCCUAGUGGUGUCCACUUGGAAGCCACCACGAAUCCGCCCGUCUCCUUUCGGAUUUCGAAUUCAGAAAGCGAUGUGGAAUCAAUGGAUCAUCAUCACUACGUGAGGAUGCCUGCUAGUAGUAAUAACAACCACUUUUCUUCGUACAUGUCUAUGUCCGCAUACCACAGAAGACAAGCUUUUGUGUUGUAUUUGCAGAUGAAUCCAGGUGGGAUAACGAUAUUCGGGUGGACAGUGGAUAGGCAUUUGAUUAACACGAUAUUCUUCAUUGAGCUCUCUCUUGUUACCUUUGUACUUGGGAGGACUGUUGUCUUCACUUCUGAAUGACAACCACACAACAGAAUAAAGGUUUGGUGUAUCAUACACAGUUUUUUUUUUACCCUUUUACCACAUAUGUAACAUUUUCAAUUUCUUGUGGCAAUUGAGAGGAGGAGAAACUUGUCAUGAGCUUCUCUUAUUGUUUACGUGUACAGUGUUUUAUAAGCUGUUAUUGACGAGGCUUUGAUUGAUCUUUUA